AUGCGAGACUUUCUAGUAGGAAAAGGCUUGGUGAUUUCGAUACGGAAGAUCGACGAAAAGUUUGUCCUGAUCACGGGUAUCUGUCGGUAAGCUUCGGAAUAUUUUUUUUGAGCUUUCUCUAAAAAGUCGAGGGUGCAAAGUAAAAGCCUUGAGGUCUGGAACUACGACGCGACUGGUGGUCGACGUGCGGUCGCGCUUCGCUCGAGAGCUUUUCCGAUGCUCGCAGCUGGCGGAGCUGCAGUCGCGGAGCCAGCGAGAGUCGCACUCUUUGAAAACUCCUCACAUCGUCGAGCUUCCGAGCGACCAUCCCUCUGAGCAUCCGCACGUCUUCUAUCGCGUCACUCAGGUGGCUCUUCCUGUCUCUUAUUGUCUUUAGUUGUGCGUUCCAGCCGCGCGUGAUUCCUCUGCCGUUUACAAAAACUCAGCGGCCACGUGCAGAAAACCCUCGUCGGCGUGGAAUUUCGCAUCUCCUGGGGGAUGUCGACAUCUACUGCUGUCAGGUAUAGUAUGUUCAGAUUUUCAAUUUCAAGUCAUUGCUCAAACUCCGCCCUUUAAGUGUAGAUCAAACCAAUCAGAGAGCGAGCCGUCCACAGAGCGUUGUUGGGGGCGGAGUUUGCUUCUUAAUAUUCAAAAUCUGGACAGACUAGAAGACUCCGAGCAGAGGGUGUUUUCAUUUCUGAUUAUUUCUAUCAAUUAUCAUCAACAAUUUUCAAAGCUGUUCAUCAAAAUUUGGUACAAUUUUUUAAUUAAAUGAUGCAAUUUUGUGGAGUCGAGCCGUUAAAAUUGUUCAGUGUUACAGGUGUGCUACAAACACUUCGACCGCAAGUGGAACAAGGAGCGACACGAGCGCAAAUGUAUGCUCACAUCCAUCGACUACCGCUGCCCCGUCUGCUCCGAGAUUUACAAGCGCUGCGACCAUUUCGCAGUGAGUGAUUCGAAACAUGGUUCUUAUAUUCCCUUUUCCGGAAGUUUUGUGAAAUUCAAAAGUUUAUGAAAAAAUGAAAGGCUUGAUGAAGAGACUCUUUUCGCUGCCUCUCUGCGGCCUUUUUUGAGCCUCUCCCUUUUAGCGGUCAUUGUCCAUCAUUCCGACUUUUCCUGAAAUCUGAGUCGAGGCUAUCCAGAAUAGAAAAUCGAUUUCGUAAAAUGGUUUUUGUAUCAAUAGAAGAGGAUAUAAUUUUGACAUUCUCUCACUUUCUGAAUACUUUUUUAGCGACACGUCAAAACGCAUACAAAUUCAAAAGAAGCUGUCCUCGCACUGACGACCCCCGUGAAAGGUUUUUUUUCUUGAAACAUCCGAAUGCCGUUUUUUUUUUUUGCUUGUCCAUAACAUUUUUAACUUCCUGUAACAUCAAUUGAAAAAUGCAAGGUUUUUUUUUCAGAUGGUUCUCUAAAGGACGAUGAUCUCAACAAGCUUUUUCACGUCCCGUACAACUUUCCAACUGUCCUCUGACUACGAUGAAGUGAGUUUUUGCAUUAACGAAUACAUAAACUCGUAUUCCACCCGUUUUUUUUUUUCUGCGUAACAAACAAACAGAAAAACGUUGUCAAUAUUCAAGGAGACAAAAUGUUUCUAAAGGCGUCGCCUGGAGACGUCCUUUUCGUCAGAGACUCUUUUCACAAAUCCUCUGCUUCGGAGGAAAAUUCUCUAUUUCCUUCGGAUUUCCGAUUUUUUCUCUUUGAUGAUCUCGACGUUUUCCAAGUCGUUUUUCUUGAUUUUUAUCGAACUCAACUUUGUUGUUACUGUCGUUUCAGUCUGCACAUCAACUACGAUUCGUAUGUUUUCUCAUAUUCACAUUUCUCAUAAAAAAAUAAAAAAAUAAAUGUAUAUUCAGCUGACGAUUUUAAUGCAAAUAGCUUCAUGUGAAUUAAAGCGGCUUGAGAAACUAAAGAACAUUUUAUCCGUUUUAUGAGAUUUAUGAGAGGGCAGAGGUAAUUUUAAUGACUAUUAAAAUAAAAAUAAAAUAGCUAUAAAGAAAAAGUAACAUUUCCACCUUUUUCUUCAGCUCUCUUCAUAAAAUGAGAUUUAUUUAGCCACUUCUCUAUCAAGUCUCUCGCAAUUUGAGAUUGGAGAAGCUGGAAAUGGUGAGAAGUUUUGUUUCUAUCAAAACGUAUCGUUUUCAGAUGUUUAUGCGCAUUAUUUAUCUGCUAACAGUGUCUCUUUCAACUAUAGCAGUUAUUCAACGUACCGGAGCUAUGGAUUGGUUCGUUUUCUGAUGUGAAGAAAUAUUUUCGAGGGAAUUCAAAUUUUUUGGUGUAUAAAAACUUUUCGACUUGAUGAGAAUUUAGACUGAGUUUUUUUUUCAAAUAAAUUUUACAUUAAAAAAAUUGCAAAUUUCGUGAUUUUCGGUGAUUUCAGACGUCAUUGGGAGUGGCUUCGUCGUCCACAGAAUGUCCUUCCGAUUGCUUAGUCAAUUUGACAGCUUUGUAUCGAACUUCGAAUGAAUCCUGUUGGUUUUUUGUUUUCCAAAACUUAUGGAAAUCAUAGAUCGUUUCUUAAAAAAAGAAAUAUAAAUUGAAACGUGUUUUCUGGAAGAACUGAAAAUUUUCAUUUGAAAGAUAUCCUACGAAAAUGAAAGUAUAAGAAGAUAUAUAAACCCUCAGACAGAGUCAGAAAAAACAAUUUCAAAUUUUUCCUGAUGAACUUUUGGCUGGCACAGUGAGCAUCGUGAUGGCGCGACCAGUGGACACGGCGCUCUACCCAGACUACUCCAGUCUCAAUCUUCCAACCAUCUUCUGCGCCUCAGUUUCGACGAGCUGUGGCGCCACUGUGCCUCUUUUCCUCUACUAUUCUCCACAGUUCGACGGUGAGCGAUAAGUAUCUUUCAUCACGAAAUCACAAUCUAACGCCAAUGUUCUUGUGUUCUUUUGUUCCAGAUUAUUAUGCCGACACGCAAAAAAGGCCAAAUAUGAGUGAUUCGUACACAACAUCCCUUCUGGGCCAACCAUUGUGUUACUUGUGGAAAGAAAAGUGAAUCGACUUUGUUCAAAACUUAUUAGCACUUGAUUCCAAGUUCUACUACGACAACGACGACCACCACAACCACUACCACUACUACCACGACGACCACAACCACGCUAAUUGACAUCGACUUGGACUCCAACGUGACAACGACAACGACGGUUGGAGAUGCAUCUGAUUUCAUUUUUCACUUUCUUUUCAGACGACAAUAUCACCUUCUAACGCAACAACCACCACUGUAAGAACCUUUCUGAGGCGUCGUAUCGUGAAAAAUAUCUUUUCAAAAACCAAGGAUCUAAUAGCAUUGAAAUUCGUAAACUUCAAUUUUUACGUGGAUCGAGAUUGAAUAUUCAGUAAGGGACCGAAUUAUUUAAUUAGAGAAUUUUAAAUUUUUUUUCUCUUUGAAGGAAUCUCGAAAAAAUUUCACUGAAAGGUUUUUUUUUCAUUAAAUCUGAAUUUUCUUCUUCGAAAAAUGGGAGUUGAUCUUUCUUCAUAACUGAAACAUCGCCAUGCCAUGUUGCGAAGAAUAGAGGCAUUUCUGAUCGAGCGUGAUUUUUUUUAACAUGAGGCUUUUUUGAUUCAAAUAAGUUAAAUUCAGACGGCUACAACCCUGUCGAAUGUUACAACUACAUCAUCUAUGAACUCAAACUCCACAAACACGGAAGACUCCAAUGACUCAACCAACGGUAGUCCACUAUUUUUGCUUUGAAUAUACUUCAAAAAUAAACAUAGGGUCAUCAUGGAAACGUCGAUGGAAGACGUAUAAAUGGAUUGUUAUCGCCUCUGGGGUUCUUCUUAUUGCUGCUAUCAUUGCCUGCUGUGUAAGCGAUGCUUGAUUAAACCUUUUUUGAAUGAAAAAGUUUCGAAUUUGAAGAUUGGGUGGUUGACAUGCUGUUUCUUGGGCGCGAUGAGUGGAAGCGCCGUCUCGCCUAAACUGGCAGGACCUCCGCCUGCGUACAGCACUUCUGAACCGCCGAUGCUGCCUCCGGCGCCAGUUCAGGCCCCUGGAGUCCAACCAUUUUUCGCCGGACUUCCACCGACUUCCGCCGGAGUCCCUUAUUAA